AUGCUUGAGGAAAUCAAGGGAACUUUAAGAAGAAUAGAAAUUGGAAUGGGAAUUUCCAAAGAAGGAAUGGUCAAGCCUUUAAUGGUAAAGGGCAGUCUGAGUGGAGUUACAACUAUAAGAAGUGUAACAAGAACCACUCUGGUAGAGACUGUAAUUAAAGGGGCUCUAGUAACUUGUCAUUACUGCCAAAAGAAGGGGCCUAGAGAGUUUGAGUGCUUCUUCAUGCAAAGGAAAGAGCAAAAUGUUAAUGGGAGUGGUAAUCAGGGAAGAUAUACGUUCAACCAAUUGGGCAACCAAGGUUCGAAGCCUAUAGGGUCGCAGAAUAAUCAAGGAAGCUACAGUAAACCUACUAGUGAUAGCAACAACAACAACCAGAAUAAAGCUUUGGGCAAGCUGUGUAUGAUGAGCCUCAAUGAAGCUGAGAGAUAUGCCGACGUAGUCUCUGGUGCUUUCUUUAUCAAUUUCGUUCUCGUUAAAGCAUUAUUUGAUUUAAAAGUGCCCUAUUCGUUUAGUUCGUCCUCCGUUAUUAAAAGUUUAGGGUUAGUAGACUUUGAAGUAAUUGACCUGCCUAUAAGUAUACCUACUGAAGAAGUCAUAAGGGAAGUUAAGUUCAUACCGAGUUACCGACGUUUUGGGAAGCCUAAGAAUUUUGGGGUUAUUUCUGCAAUGCAAGUGAUGAAAUUGGUGAAGAAGCGUGAGUUAUUCCUAAGUAGUGUGAGAGAUGUGAGUAAAGAGGUUGAAUUGAAGAUUGAGGAUAUACCAAUUGUGAAUGAGUUUAUGGACGUGUUUCCAAGUGAUAUUUCUAGUAUGACGCCUAAGAGAGCCGUUGAGUUCACCAUCGACUUAGUUCCUGGUACUACACCUAUUUCUAAGUCACCAUAUAGGACGACACCUCCUGAGAUGAGAGAGUUGAAGACGAUGUUGCAAGAAUUGUUGGAUAAGGGUUAUAUUAGGCCUAAUGCGUGA